AUGGCGUCAUAUAAACAUGCCUCCAAGCGCAAUGCGCAAAGUUUAACUAUUUCUAGCAAUAAUACGCCCAUAAAGUCAGCCAAAUCUAAAUCGAUGAAACAGAAUGAUACACCUAAUAUGUUUGUUCAACAAGAGACACAAGAGAGGGAAAAUAAUACGCAAUUAGAUGAAAUACACGAAUUGCUAAAAGUGAUGGCCAGGAAGUUAGACAAGCUUGACAUUAUCGAAGAGAAAGUCAAGUCUGCCGAAGAAGAGAUGAAAGGAUUAAAGCAAUCUUUGGAGUACGCAUAUGCAGAAAUUGAUGAUUUGAAGCAUCAGCAAGAAUUAUCAAAAAUAUGCGAUGAAGAAACAAAGAAACGAAUUAAGAAUCUGGAAAAUGAAAAUACCGCACUACAUGAUAGCAUUGCUGUCCUUAAAGCAAGUUCAAUGAGAGACAAUUUAGUCUUUUAUAAUAUUAGCGAACAGGAGAGGGAAGAUACAACUGCGAUUAUUCAUAGCCUACUCGAAGAGAAAUUUGAAGUACGUGAUGCGGCAAAUAUGAUAAAGAUUGACCGAUCCCACCGUAUUGGAAGGAAAGUUCAGACCAAUGCGAAACCUAGGCCAAUAGUGGUGAAAUUCAAUUACUUCCAGGACAGGGAAUACAUACGAAAGAAUGCGAGAAAGCUGAAAGGAACGAGAAUUGGCGUUUCCCAACAAUUCCCAGAAGAAAUUGAAAGAGUUAGAAAAGCACUCUAUCCAGAAUAUAAGAAGGCAAAAACAGAAAAGGAAAGGGCUAGGAUGGUCAGGGACAAACUUAUUAUUGAAGGUGUUGUUUUUAAUUUGACAUAA